AUGCACGGCAGCAGAGGCUAUGAUUUCUCAGAGGUUCUGCGCUGGUUUGGAGAGCGAGUGGACCGUAUCAUUCUCCUCUUUGACGCCCAUAAGCUAGACAUAUCUGAUGAGUUUUCUGAAGCGAUCAAAGCUUUCCGUGGGCAGGAUGACAAAAUCCGUGUGGUACUGAACAAGGCUGACCAGGUGGACACUCAGCAGCUGAUGCGGGUUUAUGGUGCGCUGAUGUGGUCGCUGGGGAAGGUGAUCAAUACUCCAGAGGUGACGAGGGUCUAUCUCGGCUCUUUUUGGGCCAAACCUCUCCAAAAUGCAGACAAACGGCGUCUGUUUGAAGCUGAAACACAAGAUCUCUUCAGAGACAUCCAGAGUUUGCCUCGCAACGCUGCCCUGCGUAAGCUGAAUGACCUCAUCAAAAGAGCUCGGCUUGCUAAGGUGCAUGCUUACAUCAUCAGCUACUUGAAGAAGGAAAUGCCUUCCCUGUUUGGAAAAGAGAAGAAAAAGGAAGAGCUGAUUGCCCACCUGCCUGAGAUCUAUCAGAUUCUGCAAAGAGAGCACCACAUCUCACCUGGAGAUUUCCCUAAUGUCAUUAAAAUGCAGGAGCAACUGCAACACUACGACUUCAGCAAGUUCCCUUCUUUGAAAGUAAAGUUGAUUGAAUCUGUGGACAGAAUGUUGUCCACCAAGAUCUCAAGUCUGUUGAACAUGAUCCGAGAGGAAGAACGCAAACAGCCUCCUCAGAUGGUAAUGGGUGGAGCCUUUGAGGACUCGUCCAAUGGGCCUUUUGGUCACGGUUAUGGUGAGGGUAUCAGUGCAGGGGCUGAUACUGAGGACUGGAUCGUUAGUCGCGACAAACAUCGCUACGACGAAAUCUUCUACACACUGAUGCCUAUCAAUGGGAAGGUAACUGGCAUCAAUGCCAAGAAGGAGAUGAUGAAUUCUCAUCUGCCCAACACUGUACUGGGAAAGAUCUGGAAGCUGGCAGACUGUGAUAAGGACGGCAUGCUGGAUGAUGAAGAAUUUGCUCUGGCUCAGCAUCUUAUUAAAGUCAAACUAGAGGGAUUUGAGCUUCCUACAGAGCUACCAAAUCACCUAGUGCCUCCAUCGCACAGGAAGAACCCCACUGCAGACAUCAUGUACAACCACCAGGAGAAUUGAUCAUCUUCAUAUCUGCAUAUUUAUCAGCCAGUUGCUAGCACAAAGUGGCCUUUGAAUACUGAAGUCUUACUUCAUUGAAAGGGAUGAAGCUUUAUUGGUUAAGCCAUCUUUCAUCAACAGACAUGUGUGACUUUCACAUGCCCAAGAUUAAGUAUGUUUGAAUAUUUGUGCACUCAGUAUUAAAGAACAACAUGCAUAUUAAAAUUACAGUCCAUGUAAUUGAUUACUUCUACAUUUUUUCCCUGACCUUGUGUUAUUUCGACAUGUGCUUGCAGACUGUAAAAAUGGAUGGCAGUGCAGUUCAUUAGGCAGUGCUUUCAACGUUAUAUUACAUUUCAUAAUAAAUAACAAUUUCAGUUAAGUAUGCAUAACAGCAGCCAAAAAUAAUACACACAGAAGCACUGACAGAAGCAUCCAUUCAUUUCACUCAUUCUGACAGUGUGGAUAUCGAUUAAAUUAAUUUUGAAACAUUUCCAUGAAUGUACACUUUUCAUAUGAACUGCAUCAUAAUGCUGAAAUAGACUAUUUGUGAGCAUUUUUAAUGUGGGCAAAAUUGAGAGUAAUUCAGUGUUUCAUGAUGCAGUUAAAAUUAUGUUCAAUACUACAUACAAAAAAUACUGCAUACACUUUUCUUACACUGGGUGUUACUUUUUUUUGGAUCGAAUUAUGUGACAUUGAUUAAAUGUACAAAUUAAAAACAGCAUUACACUGAACAGUACUGAGUUUUGCCAACGUUUUUUGUUGUGUAUACUAUUUCUGUCUUACAUUGACUAGGUUGUGAAGAGUUAUAGUAGUUUAUAGCGGCAAGCAUUUAGAAAUGUGAAACAUCUACAUUUAAAAAAAUAAUCCUGCAAAAACAGUCUACAAUUUCAGUAUUCAUGAGUGUUCCAGUACCACGCUUCUUCCUUACUUUUUUUAGAUUGUCAGCCUGGAGAGAUUGUCAUCCAACUCUAUUCUCUGCCUUCUAAUUUAAAAAAAAAACUUUUU